AUGAUCGUAUCCAGAGCUAGGUGGCAUUUGCCACAUCUCAUCUUUAAAAAUAUUUCGCGUUUUAACAUCCACGCGACUGUGCGACCUUCUCUCCGGAGAGCAAAUAUGGCUCUCCCGAUCAGUAGUCCCUCCCCGCGCCUGGACCGCUUCCAGCAAGCAAUGGAAUCAAUAUAUGGUAGUUUCAGCCUAAUAGAAGACCCCAAGAGCUGGAAUCCGCCUUCGAAGUCAGGCGGGCACCGCGGUCGAUAUCUAUGGACUGAUGCAUUUGGUGUCAUCAACCUGUUGACUAUGCACCACGAAUACUGUCGCGCUGGUGGGGAAAAUAUUUCUGAUGAUCGAUAUCUUCAGCUGGCUCGUCGACUGAUUGAAACCGUGCAUGAUGUAUUGGGUCGCACAAGAGACGGAUUGUCGCGACUGCCAGGCGCGACAGAGUCGAAUCCUCUUGGUGGGGGAUUGCGGAUUGGUAAAGAAAAUGAGCACGGACCCGACUGCGAUGGCCAGUACCAUCACUACUUGACAGUGUGGAUGUUUGCACUGAAUCGAAUGGCUCUCGCGUCGGGUGAUAUGGAAUACAACCGUCAAGCUGUGAAUCUGGCCCGCGCGAUCCAUCCAAAGUUCUUUGUGGAUCGGUCAGCGCGACGUCCACGUAUGAUGUGGAAGAUGAAUAUGGAUUUAUCAGUGCCGCUUGUAUCUUCCGAGGGGAAUCUAGAUCCCAUCGACGGGUUCGUCAUUUUUCGCAUAGUCCAGGCGACGGCUGCAAGUGCAGGCGAUGGGGAAGUAUUGGCGGAGGAAAUCGGCGACUACAAGCGAGUGAUGGAGCGAAAAGGGGAGCAUUUUGUUUCCAGUGAUACCCUAGACUUGGGUAUGACCCUGUGGACGGCACAUUGGUUCUCGGAGAAAGAAAAUUGGGCAUCGAACCUGGCAUCCAGAUGCUUUGACCAGAUGUACAAUUUAUUCGAAGUCGAUCAGUAUCUUUCUCGGAACAUCAAAUUUCGCUUGGCCUUUAGGGAAUUCGGAACCUGCCUGGGAAGUUCUUGUCAGUCAUUGCAAACUACCGAUAAGGAACGGGCUGUCGAUUUCAAGACUUGGUCUGAUGCCAUAAUCACCGAUUGGGACCCAUAUAUGGAGCUGUCCAUAUCUGAAAGUCACUCCCCAGAAGACUUGCGACCUAUCACCUGCGUCAUGUAUGCGACUGCGUUGAAUCCAGGCGGUAUGAUCUUUGAUCUUUUCGUAUCUUUGAAAUUAAGAAAAUUGCACUUGCUAACCUUUCUGUGCUAUCCAGCAUUCUGUGCAGGGUAUCUGGGUGCAGAGCCUCCGACAUUGCAG